UUGUUCUUCAUUUCUCUUAACCAGUCAUCUUCAUACUAAAACCAUGAAAAUGAAAUCAGGGACCAUAUAUGGAAUCUCUAUUUCUCUCAUUAUCAUCAACUUAGCGACUAUGAUGCAACGAGCAGAUGAAAAACUCAUUCCUUCAACUGCCAAAGAAUUGAAAGAAGCGUUCCAUGCAAAGCUGUCCGAUAUUGGACUCCUUUCGUUUAUAAGAAAUAUUGUUCAAGGACUUGCCUCGCCUUUAGCCGGUUUAUUUGCCAUCAGUUAUGAUCGUCCCACAGUUUUUGCGUUCGGAAGUUUCUUUUGGGUCUCAUCAACUGUUGCAACUGGAGUCAGCCGCUACUUCAUCCAGGUUACCCUUGGUGUAGCAUUCAAUGGGGUUGGACAUGCAAUUGUUUAUCCGGUGCUUCAGUCGAUAAUCGCGGAUAGCUUUAAGGAGAGUUCGAGAGGUUUUGGUUUUGGUUUAUGGAAUCUGAUUGGUACGGUUGGAGGUAUAGGCGGAACCGUCGUGCCAACGGUCAUGGCUGGUCAUGAUUUCUUUGGAAUAUCAGGAUGGCGAUGCGCCUUUAUAUUGAGUGCCACGCUGAGUACGAUUGUCGGGAUCCUCGUUUUCUUCUUUGUCAGUGACCCGAGAGAAAAGAAGACUAGCAGCGUCAUUGUUCAUCACGAUGAUCAACAUGAACGAGAUGAAAACAAUGGUGGUACAAUGAUGGAGAGUCCGAGCUCUUCGGUUUGGAAGGAAUCGUGGGUGGCCAUAAAAGAUGUAACCAAGUUAAGAACGUUUCAGAUCAUCGUAUUGCAAGGAAUCGUGGGUUCGGUGCCGUGGAAUGCAAUGCUUUUCUGGACAAUGUGGUUCGAACUCAUUGGUUUUGAUCAUAAUCAGGCGGCUCUCCUCAAUGGAAUAUUUGCCACCGGACAAGCAAUAGGAUCAUUGGUCGGAGGAAUAAUUGCGGAUAAAAUGUCUCGUGUGUUUCCAAACUCGGGCAGAUUGAUUUGCGCACAAUUCAGCGUUUUCAUGGGAGCUAUGUUCUCCAUUGUUCUUUUAAGAAUGAUCCCACAGUCCGUUAACAGUUUCUACAUCUUCUUGGUCACUCUCUUUCUUAUGGGGCUGACCAUAACUUGGUGUGGACCAGCCAUUAACUCUCCAAUCUUAGCUGAGAUUGUUCCUGCUAAGCAUCGAACCAUGGUCUAUGCAUUUGAUCGUGCACUCGAAGUGACUUUUUCGUCAUUUGGUGCGCCUUUGGUUGGGAUCAUGUCGGAAAAACUUUUUGGGUUUGACGCAAAAGGAAUUGAUCAUGUUAACGACUCUGGUCGUGAGGCUGAGGCACUGGGGAAAGGGAUCAUGUGGAUGAUGGCUCUCCCGUUUGGAUUGUGUUGUCUUUGUUACACACCGUUGCAUUUCCUUUUCCGGAAAGAUCGAAAAAUCGAUAGAACUACUAGUUCAAGGGAAGUAGAGAUGGCAUGA